GCAAUUUUAUUGGCUGCAGCAAGAGAAGAAUGAAAAAAAUGGAACUUCGGAAAGCGCAGGAAAGAAGAGGACACAGGUGCAGGCAGACAUCUCGGCUUAUUGUUGGGCGCCUUUCAUCUUUUCGACACCGACAAAACGCUGGCGAAGCCCGGCGUUUUAGAACACAGCUCUUCAGCCGCGGGGCGCCGGCAGCGCCGAUGCAAACCGCGCUCCGCCGGAUUCGGAGGAGCGCGUUCGGGGGUUCGCGAUUUGCUGCGACGGAGUGACAUGAUGGCGAACGCCGGGUCGCCAUUGGCUGCGGCGGCUGGCGUGGUCGCCUCUCCCCUCCCAACUUCCACGGCGUUUCCUUCGUCGUCAGUUGCGCUUGCUGCCUUCGUCUGUGAUGGUGUUAUAACCGAUGCUCUGCGAAAGAAGUGCUCUUACCAGGAUGGCCGUCUUGAGAGCGAUGUCGCAGUCAGGGAAGGAAGCGGCCGACGCGGUGAAGGCUCCUCGUGUGCCGCCCGGACUUCGAAGCAGGAGUCGGCGCGUCAACAGCUGGUGGAAGUUGGCGGCCUCCGCAUUUGCCGCCUCGGCUUGCUGCCCCUGCCGCGCAUAGUCGGCGGCUGUCCUGCAGACCGCGUCCUCGAGCACCUGUUGGCGGGGUGGCCUGCGGGGCUGCUGCCGAGCUGAUGGUCCGUAAAAAUA